CCCUCAAUCCAGCAGGCGGCGGGAGCGUUAGUUAACACAGACACAGCCGCCGCCGCCAUUGUCUUCAGAGCGGAAGAAGGAAGAACAGAGGGAAAACGUUAGAGCGUAAAAAAUAUCGUUCAAAAACGAAAUAGUUUCUGAAAUGGAUGUCCCAGGAGCGGACAGUGACUGGAGGAGCCCCCAGUUUCGACAAAAAAUUGUGGCACAGAUUGAUGAGACGAUGAGAAAGGCAGGAACUGCACACACAAAGUCCAGCAACGACAUGGAGAGCCACGUUUAUGCCAAAGCCAAAACCAGAGAGGAGUAUUUAUCUAUGGUGGCAAGGCUGAUCAUACACUUCAGAGACAUCCAUAAGAAGGCUCUUGGAGGUCCUGAUCCCAUGAAUGCCCUGACUAACCUGACAGGGGUUGGAGGGGGCCCGGGCGCCAUUGGCAUGGGGCCUCGCCCCACAGGUGCUCCAGUAGGUGGCAUGGGGGCCAUGGGGCCGAUGCAGAUAGGCCCGCAUGCCAUGGCAGGGGGGGGCGGCAGACACCCCUUGGGGGGCCCAGGCCAGAUGCCCAUGCAGCAGAUUGUGCAGGCGCAGCAGCAACAGCAACAGCAGUCCAUCCAGUUCCAGCAGUUCCAGCAGGCCCAGCAGCAGGAGCAGCAGCACGAGCAGCAACAGAAUGCCAUGGCGCAGCAACAGCAACAGAAUGCUGCCAUCCAGCAGCAGUUUCAGGUGCAGCUGAGAGUGCAGCAGCUGCAACAGCAACACCACCAGAACCAGCACCAAAAUCAGCAGCAGCAGGCCCAGAACCAGCAGCAGCAGAACCAGCAGGUGAUGCAGCUGCAGUUCCAGCAGCAGCAGCAACAACAGCAGCAGCAGCAGCAGCAUGCUCAGGCUCAAGCCCAAGCCCAGGCACAAGCCCAGGCCCAGGCCCAGGCCCAUGCACAGGCCCAGUCCAUUCAACAGUUGGUGCAGCAGCAGGUUCAGGCCCAGGCUCAGUCUCAGGCAGGUCAGAUGCCUCCACAUUCCCAACAGCAGCAGCAGCAGCAGCCUGGCAUGGCCCCUCAGUCCCUGGCUGGACAGAUGACAUCUGCUCAGCAUGUUUCCAUCAAUUCGCUCAGUCAACAGCAGCAGCAGCAGCAGCAGCACCAGCUCAAGAUUCAGGCUCUCCAGCACCAAAUACAAACAGAAGAAGCAUGCAGGGGAUACACCCAUGAAGAAAAAGGGAUACUGCACGACUGGGCCCGUGCAGCCUUGCAGCAACAGCAGGCCCAGCAGGCGCAGCAAGCCCAGCAGGCCGCAGCACAGGCGCAGCUCAAUGCAGCUGCUGCAGCCGCCGCUGGACCCGGGCAGUUGGUUCGCCCUGGGAUGCAGAUUCCUCCCCGGCUGCCUCGAACUGUCCUCAACCCCUCCAUCCCUCCUUUUGCCUUCUCUUUUGUCCAAUCACAGGUACAGCAGCAUUCCAUGAUGUCAUCACCAUCACUGGUGCAGGUCCAGACGCCACAGCCGAUGCCUCCCCCUCCCCAGCCUUCACCCCAGCCCCCCACCUCACAGCCAAACUCAGCCGGCUCGGGUCCCACUCCAUCUCCAGGGGGUUUCCAGCCCAGCCCGUCUCCUCAGCCCUCACAGAGCCCUGCCAACGCCAGAACUCCCCAGAACUAUGGAGUUCCCUCUCCUGGACCGCUCAGUACUCCAGGUAACCCCAGCUCAGUGAUGAGUCCAGCCGGAGCUACAUCUCUAGAGGACCAGCAGUACAUGGAGAAACUCAAACAGCUCUCCAAAUACAUCGAACCUCUGCGCAGGAUGAUUAACAAGAUCGACAAAAAUGAAGACAGAAAGAAGGACCUGAGUAAGAUGAAGAGUCUGCUGACCAUCCUGACUGAUCCAAACACGAGAUGUCCUCUGAAGACACUACAGAAGUGUGAAAUCGCUUUAGAGAAACUGAAGAACGACAUGGCCGUGCCGACCCCCCCACCUCCUCCAGUGGCCACCAAACAGCAGUAUUUGGACGCUGUCAUGGCCAACAUUCGCUCGCCUUUCUUCAACCACUCUCUGUACCGAACCUUCGCCCCGGCCAUGACCUCCAUCCAUGGACCCCCCAUCACGGGUCCCAGUGUCUCUGGUCGCAAGAGGAAGCACGAGGAUGAUGAGCGUCACACUAUCCCCAACAUUCUGCAGGGAGAAGUGGCUCGCCUCGACGUCAAGUUCCUGGUCAACCUGGAUACUUCGUACUGCAGCAAUAACGGCACCGUGCACCUUAUCUGCAAACUGGAUGAUAAAAACCUCCCCAGUGUUCCUCCUCCUCAGCACUAUCCUGAUCAGAGCCCUUACUGGGCUGAUGAUGGAGAACAGUACGGUGCCAACAGCUUCCUGCAGACGGUUCACAGCAACAUGACAUCCAAACUGCUUCAGCUGCCGGACAAACACUCGGUGACGGAGCUGCUCAACACCUGGGCUCAGAGUGUACGCCAGGCCUGCCUGUCGGCUGCCUGAGGCCCCCGCCCGCUGCUCGCCUAAUGUUACCGGCUGCAGUCAUAGUAACACACAGUUUAUAUGGACACUACAGUCUAAUCUGAUGUUUGACAGGUUUCAUUUCUCCAUUAAAAUGCUUUUUCAUA